UGAACCUUAAAUUUAAUUGUUAGCAAGGAAAUGGAAUCUGAACCAACUAACACAGCUACUACAAAUCCUUUACCAGAAUCUUUGUCAUCCUCUUCGGUGUCCAAUCAGUGUGUUGUCCCUCCUCCCGUUGUUGCGGCACCUGCUGCCCCCCAACCGGCCAGUGUAGUCACCAUUCCAGUACCCGUGGUCAAUAACGAGGGGACUUUUGCUUAUGUUACCGUUAAAGGUUCCCUGCACGAUCGUUCCUGUCAGGUCUUCGGUCUAAACGAUACCGAACUGCACGCUUUAUCGAAACGUUUUGAGAAUGGCAUUAAGCCAGUGGUCAAUGGUGUUAUGAUUUCAUGUCCGCCCAUGAUUAUGAUGAACACAUUGGCCCAGUUAAGCUAUAAGGUGGUAUGCAGUUCGGGUGAAGCAGAAAUUUGUUGGACCAUGCAACGUGAAAUUUAAGCA